UUUUUUAAACACAGCAUAAAGUCGUAGAUCCUCUUGGCGAUCUUUUCUUAUUGGCUAGCGAUAAGUCUAGAAGAAAAUGCUACCCGUGGUUCCUUAAUAACAAUGUAAAGAAAAUAACUAAAAAAACCUCAAGAGCCUUUCUUGUUUGAUCAAAUAUGCAGGACACUUUGACCUAAUUUUUGCCAAAAAGCCAAUAUGUUGGCUACAGUGAUCAUCAAAAGGUGGGGCUCCGAUAUUUUAGCUUGAUUUUUAGCUUAAAAUUCUAAAGAUUGACAUCAUUAAGGGCUUAGUGACGAGUAGUAGUCUGUAAAUUUAAUUGAGCUUCUAAAAUUGAAAUGAGCCAUAACAAAGAGAUUUUCUACUAAAAAUAAAAACAAGUUCGAGCCAUUUUACGAUCUCAGCCUACAAACCAAAAUAGAUAUAAAUACCCCCUCCAUCAUUUCUCUUUUUUUUCUUCAUUCGAAUCACCUCCAUCUUAUUAAAUAUGAAGACAUCUUUCCUCGCUAUCCUUGUUGCCGCUGCUGCUCUCAUCGAAGCUGCCCCUCAAGCCGCUCCUCCUUCUGGCUCUUCUUCUGCUGCUAGUGCUUCUCCUAGUACUGCUGCUGCUGCUGGCUCUGGUAGCGCUGGUGGUGCUGGUGGUGCUGGCCCCGUUUCUAUCACUUCACCUCUUCAAGGUACCACUUGGCAGAUUGGUUCCAAGGAAACCGUCACCUGGCAAAAUGUUCAACAAAGCGUCGAUAAGCUGCUCAUCAACUUGAUGAAGGGUGACCCCAAUGCUCUUCAACUCGUCCAAACUUUGGCUGAAAAUGUCGAUGCCUCCAAGGGUUCUACACAAGUCGAAGUUCCCAAGAACGCUACAGCUGGAAGCGACUAUUCUUUGGCUGUCGGUAAAGAUCCUAGUCAAAUGGCUUACAUUGGUGGUUUGGUCCUUUCAAACGAUGGUGGUAGCAACUCUACUGCUGCUUCUGGUGCUUCUGCUAGCUCUGGUACAACAUCUAACGCUGCCGCUUCUACACCUGACGACUCUGAAGAUGCUACUGGUGAUGAUAGUGCUAAUGCUGAUGGUUCCGACGACAGUGCUGGUGAUACUGGUGAUGAUAGUGCUAACACUGGCUCUGAUGACAGUACUGAUGCCACUGGUGAUGACAGCGCUGACGCCGAUAACACAGCUGGUUCUGAUGAUAGCGCCACUGCUGAUAACACAACUGGUUCCGAUGGUAGUGACAGCACUGAAACCUCUACCGACUCUGAUCAACCUGGUGCAGACGACACAACUGGCUCUGCUGAAUCUGGUGCUGCCGAUUCUACCAGUGACGGCUCUGAAGACUCUUCCGACUCCACUUCCCCCAGUGCUCCUUCUGCCUCUGCCACUCCAUCCUCUGCUUCUGCUCCCGUAAAGAGAGGUACAAAGUCUGAUUCAGGUGCUGGUGAUUCUGCAUCUGGCUCUGGUUCAUCCAGCGAAUCCGCUUCUGACUCUACAUCUGGUACUGGUGCUUCUGGAGCUGGUGCUUCUGGCUCUGACUCUGAAUCCGGUGCUGGUGCCGAUACUGGUGCUGGUGCUGGUGCUUCUGGAGCUUCUGCUUCUGCCGGAUCUCCUUCUGCCUCUGGUGCUGGUGCUGGUGCCUCUAGUGUUCCUUCUGCUGCCGGUGCUGCUGCCUCUGGUAAUGCCGCCUCUGGUUCCGGCGCUUCUGCUGCUCCAUCUGCUGCUGGUGCCGCUGCUUCUGGAGCUUCUUCUUCUAGCGCUGGUCUUGGUGGCCUUGCCGCUUCUGCUGCCUCAACUGGUGUUGCCUCUUCUCCUACCGGUCUCUCAUCCUCUGGCUCUGCUUCUAGCGGUUCAAACGCCAGUGGUUCUAGCCCCAAGGCCUCUGGAUCUUCCACUACUUCCCCUACCUCAGGCAGUGGUCGCAACAUGGUCUCUGCUGUUGCCUUGGCCAUCCCUGCUGCCCUUUUGGCCAUGACCGGUUUCUAAAUUGAUGUAUAGACCAUAUUUAUUUUUUUUUUAACUUUUUGUAUAUUUUAUCUUUCAAUAAAUUCAAUGAUCA